UCACUGUGCGUCAUCAGCAGCAGAAGAAGGCCCCCUGACAGCUCUAAAAACAGAACGCGGGUUCAUCUUUAAGCAAAGUUUCCUAAAAACUCCCACAUCGUCUCGGACCCGCCAGGACUCCGCUUCAGCCGAGCUUCACCACUUCUGACUUAUGGUGGACGGUGGCUGACCGAGCCGAGAGUUUCAGCCACAAUGAAGAGAAGAGCCGAAGCACCGCCAGCCCCUCAGAAGGGGACAAAGUUGUGUCGUGAAGACAGCAGUUCGGACGAGGAGUCACAAUUAUCCAGACAAGACUCCAGUCAGAAUGACUCCCUCAGUGACCAGGAGGAUCACAGACCAGGGUUCUCCAUGCCCUCCAUAUCAUCCUUUGAUGAACAAGACACAGACGCCCCCUCAGACAACUCCUCCAAGUUCUCUAUGUACAACAGUGUGUCACAGAAGCUCAUGGCCAAGAUGGGUUUCCGUGUGGGCGAGGGUCUAGGGAAAUUUGGUCAGGGACGCAAGGAGAUCGUGGAGGCUUCGACUCAGCGAGGAAGAAGGGGUCUGGGCCUCACGCUGCAGGGCUUUCAGGGGGAGCUCAAUGUCGACUGGCGCGAUGAACCAGAGCCCAAUGCCGUAGAGAAGGUAGAUUGGUUCCCAGAAUGCACCACAGAAACCCCAGAUGCAGAUGAACUGAGGGACUGGAUGAUUCUGGGACAGAGAAAACUUAAGAUCGAGGAUGAGACAGAGUUUUGCACCGAAGAUCUUCUGCACACUCUUCUCAGGUGCAAGACGGUGUUUGAUGACCUGGAGGGCGAGGAGAUGAGGAGAGCUCGGACACGCUCCAACCCUUACGAAACGAUCAGAGGAGGGAUCUUCCUCAACAGAGCAGCUAUGAAAAUGGCCAACCUCGACUACUGCUUCGACCAUAUGUUCACCAACCCAAAGGAUUCAAAAGGGACACCUCUAACAAAGGACCGCGAGGGGGAGCUCCUGUACUUCGGCGACGUUUGCGCGGGGCCUGGAGGCUUCUCAGAGUACAUCCUGUGGAGGAGACGCUGGCACGCCAAAGGCUUCGGCAUGACACUGAAAGGACCUUGUGACUUCAAACUGGAAGAUUUCUUUGCUGCGCCGAGCGAGCUGUUUGAGCCCUACUACGGUGAGGGAGGAGUGGACGGAGACGGGGACAUCACUCGGCCAGAAAACGUGACGGCCUUUAGAAACUUUGUGUUGGAGAGCACAGAGAGAAGAGGGCUGCACUUCCUCAUGGCAGACGGGGGAUUCUCUGUGGAAGGUCAGGAAAACAUUCAGGAGAUCCUGAGCAAACAGCUGCUGCUCUGUCAGUCCCUCACUGCCCUCUCUACACUCAGGACAGGUGGCCACUUUGUUUGUAAGACCUUUGACCUAUUCACUCCCUUCAGCGUGGGUCUGGUCUACCUGAUGUACCUCUGCUUCGACAGGAUCUCUCUCUUCAAACCUAUCACCAGCAGACCUGCCAACUCCGAGAGGUACAUCGUGUGUCGUGGUCUGAAGCCCGGCUCAGACGCCGUCAGGGAAUACAUGUUCAGAGUCAACCUGAAACUGAACCAGCUGAGGAACUCGGAUAGAGAUGUAACAGAUUUGGUUCCGCUGAGCAUCAUCAAGGAAGACACGGAUUUCUAUCAGUUUAUGGUCAACUCCAAUGAGAGGCUCUGUGUAGUCCAGAUCAAGGCCUUGGCAAAAAUCCACGCUUUCGUCGUAGACUCGGAUCUUUCAGAGACGAGGCAGGCCGACAUCAGGAAAGAGUGUCUGAAGCUGUGGGGGGUACCAGACAAGGCCAGGGUCACUCCUGCUCCCUCAGACCCAAAGUCAAAAUUCUAUGAACUGAUCAAGAAUUUAAAUGUGGAGUCGUUCCAGUGCAAGCUCACUCCUCUCAACUCCACCACCCUCGAUAAAAUGCGUCAUAUACUGGACCACAAGUGCAUUGUGGGAGGUGGAGAGCAGAUCUUUCUUCUCGCACUCGGGAAGUCUCAGAUUUACACGUGGGACGGGAAGAUGCCUGUUCGCUGGAGGAAACUGGAAAACUUUAAGCUUGAGCUGCCAAGAGAUUCUCUUCUGAGCGUAGAGAUCGUCCAAGAGCUGAAGGGCGAGGGAAAAGCUCAGCGGAGAAUCAAUGCAGUUCAUGUAAUGGAUGCACUAAUACUCAACGGCACUGACGUAAGAGACCAGCACUUCAACCAAAGAAUCCGGAUGGCUGAGAAGUUUGUGAAGGCGGUGGCCAAACCAAGCCGACCAGACAUGAACCCUAUCAGAGUGAAGGAAGUGUACAGGUUGGAGGAAAUGGAGAAAAUCUUUGUCAGACUAGAAAUGAAAGUCACAAAGAGUUCAGGAGGAAUCCCUCGUCUGUCCUACACCGGCAGGGACGACCGGCACUUCCUUCCCACUGGCCUCUACAUCAUCAAGACUAUCAGUGAGCCCUGGACCAUCGCGUACAGUAAGAAUUCCAAGAUGAAGUUCUUCUAUAAUAAGAUAACCAAGGAGUCCACCUAUGUAAUGCCACCAAACUGUGCUGCUCCCUUCCAUGUCUGCCACUCUGAGCGUCUCUUCUGGGCCUGGGUGGACGGCGUCAUCGUUCAUGACUCUCAGACCCGCGUGGAUCCUGAGAAACUGUCCAAAAACAAUGUCUUGUCCUUCAUCCACCAGAACUACCAUCCCUGAGGCCGUCACCGAGCCCAGAGCUUCACCAGUGACAAGCUGAACCCAGAAUGCACUAAAUGAUGGAGGACGUAGAGCCUUAUGUUAGAAUGCAGUUUUGCAAUUAUCAAAAAUACCCAGCAGCCGAUUGAAAAUGUGUUUUUGAAUUCCCUGUUUUUAUUCUUCUGUUAAUGAUCUGCUAUCUGACCGUUUUCCCGUCCUCUCGUUCCAUCGUGUUGCUGAGAGAAAUAAUGAGCAGGUUGGAAGUGGAGUUCUGGAGCUGAAAGUGAUGAAGUGUUUGCUGCUAUUUCUAGCGGUGGUCUUCUGCCUCCUCCACUGCCCUUGGCUCUAUGAACUCUAAAGACUCAUCACAUAGGACGAGAAGAAGACACAAAGCUGCCGCCAUCGUCUCUGCAUUGAAAUGCAUGUCCCUGUAGAUGGGUUUUCUUUUUUUUUGGUUCUUAGUAAAUGCUCGUGUGUGUCUGCACACAUCAGAUUAACAAUGAUACAUAGGGUUACAGAUGUUAAAACUAUGCAUCCAUAUGUCUCACUUGCCUUGCUCAACAACACAACUGCUCCUCUGUCCGUCUCUGUGGAGAUGAACAUCUUUUUUCUAAGUCUUACACACAAAUAGGCUCCUCGUUGCUCCUGCCAAAUCUCCAGCUGAAGCCUCAACACAACAAACACAUUCAUCGUGUUCACAAUCAUCAGCUACAGAUGUAGCAGCUGUUCUAUCUUUCAAACGUGAUCUGUAAUCGUGUGCGUGUGUGUGUGUGCGUGCGUGUGUGUGUGUAAAAAAACCUGGAAAGUGUCUUCGCUUUUAGGUUUCUCCUCUGGCUCUUUGUUGUGAUUUUGCCUGGACUGUGUCGUUUCUUAAAUCCUGCAAAUUUUGUUCUCUUGUAAAAUUAGCUACCGACCAUUUGAUGUAAAUAAUAGUAUAGUAAAUAAAUGGGAGAAGCUCAUCCCAGAACAG